CUUUGAAAAUAGCUAUGAUAUGCUAGAAAUGGAAUCUACUAAACUGAGAGCCCUAGAUGUUACAGAUGGUGCAUCACAGGAAAGCCAGAUUUCAGAGUUACUGGUUUCAAAGAUUAGAAGCAAAGAAAGACAAUCUGAAGAAACUAGAGAAACAAAGAAAAAAGACAUACAUGAUUUACAUAGACCAGAAGAAAACCAGAGUGCAUCAAAAAGUGAUUCUCACUGUGAAGUCAUGAAAACUGAAAAGCCAUCAGACAGAGGGCACUUGCAAAGACCUAAACCCAAUUUAGUGAGGUCAUCUGGAAGGAGAGAAGCAGCAACCCAAGAGAAAAUGGAAGCUGAGACUUCAUCUUCAAACCUUGUGAAUGCAGAUGAAAAGUGCUCUGAGGAAGACAGUAGAAGAAACAGAAAUGAAGCCACAGAAGUAGAAAACAUGGAUUUGGAUACUAAAUCUGAAGAACCUGAAAAAAAUGUAAUUACAAACUCAAUAGUUAGAGGAUGUCGACAGAGAUUUAAGCCUAAUGUUUCAAGAGCGUCUGGAAGGAAGGAAGAGCCUGAAAAAGAUGCAGGAAAUGACAAAAUGUCCCAUCCACAGCCUAAGGGGGAAUCUGAAAAGAGUACUGACCAAAGUAAUAGGUCUGAUGCUACCAGUGAAGAAGCUGCAGAAAAAGAUGAAAAAAUCCUGGAGAGAGUGUCUCAAGCUGAUGAAACAGCUGGUUUACAAGUAGACAGCAUACUGAGUGUGCUGAAACCAACACCUCUAAAGAGAGGCAGAGUGCAAAGACCAAAACCAAACCUAGGAAGAACUGUUGCAAGGCAAAAAGACCUGACAGAUAAAAAAGAUCCUGAAGAGAAGAAAACUGAAGGUGGAGAAGUAGAAGAAGGUGUGAUACACCACAGGGAUGAAAACAACGACCCAUGUCUGAAAAAUGUAAAAGGCAAUGUUCCCAAGAAAAGUCCUCAGAAGCAGAAAGAUGAAAGCGAAAAAGGAUUGUCAGAUAUCUUGAAACAGGUUUCGGAUUUCAAUACAGGGGAGUCUGGUCCUCGGAAGGAAAAGGAGAAAACUGCUGUAUCAUCAGCUCGGCUACUGAGGGGUCGAUUCCAGAGACCAAAGCCAAAUUUAAGAAACACGACUAGUAGAAAGGAAGUGCUGGAUAUAAACAAUAAAGGUGUAUCACAGAAAGGGACCAACAAGGAAGGAGGUUUGACACAGCAUGACAGUGAAUGUAGCAUCCUUCCUGAUACAGCUAAAGCAGGAAAAUAUGAGGUCCUGGAACCAUUGGAAUCCUUAGGAAAGGAGAAGUCGUUUGGCUCUGAGGUUUCUGAGAGGCCAAGUUGUAAGUCACCAAAGACAUUUUCAAGAUCAGAGGAUGGUGAACUCAAGUUUUAUCUACCUGAAAUUAACCAAGAUGACACCUCAACUACUGAUGCAGUCAUUGAUAGCAAAAAUACUGCUGAUGAAGAAAGUAAACAAACACCUCUUCAACCUGUCCAGUUAGUGCAGAGCAGAUUCCAGAGGUACAAGCCAAACUUGGGAAGAGCUGUUGGAAAGAAGGAAUUACAAAUAUCAGAAAAGGAGAGGGAGAAGAAGCCUGAAGCAGAGCAGUUGGUAUUGCAAAAAGAUGAGUCUGCCAAUACUGUCAUCGGUGAAAAUGAAGCUGUAUUAUGUCAAGCAGAUGUAUUGAGCAAACAAGAACAGGAACAUCAAGAGGAGCCUCAGGUGCCCUGUAUUUCUGAAAACAGGUUGUGUGAACAAACCAGGUCCAAUGAUGAAUUAAGUUCUAGAGAAGAAAAUGAACAGGGUGAUACAGAACUUUUGCAUCAAGCGAGGGAACCCCACUGGAACCCAAGGCAGAACCUAAUGAGAAUUACUAGAAAAAGAAGUUAUCCUGAAGAAGGUGAAAACAGAGAAGAGGACAACACUGAGACUAGAAAUGCAGAAGACUGUUUGGUGUUAGAGAAAACAGGUGUAUUAAUGCAAAACUUUAGUAACAUAGUGGAAGCUGCAUCCUUCUCAGAGGCUACAAGAAAACACAAUUUGACAGACUCUGUUGAAGAAACAUCUUGUAAAAGAAUGAGACAGGGUAGUAGACUCCAGUUGCCAGAGAUACCAUUGGAGAGUGAGAGUCAAGUAGAACAAGAAGAUGAUUCUCAUCUUUCUACCUCUCAGGAAAAAAAUUCAGGCAAUCUCACAAGAAGGCAGUCCAGAAGGCCGUCAAAACGGAUAGCGCUGCCAGAACAUGUCUUGGACCUAAGAACUGCUUCUGCUUCUGGAUGUGUGGCUGAUUGCAGUGAGAAGGGGAAUCAAAGGCAAGAAGUUAAACUGAGUGUUACUAGAGGCAAAAGUUUGAAAACUACACAUAGAAAGAAAUCUGGGAAGGAGCACAGAAGUUCAAAGACAACCUUGGUGACCCUCUGGGCUUCCCCAGAGGAGGAGGAGGAGGAGGCAGAUGACUUUGAGCCUGAUGAAGAAGAUGAAUGCUUUGCACCAGAGGAAGUAAACAAAGCUCCAGUGUUUAUUCCUAUAGGUCUUCGAUCUCCAAAACCUGUUCCUGUUCAGAUAGAGGAGACCAUGGAGGAGGUGGAAAUAUCAGUGAAUAUACCAGAUAUGCAGGUGGCUAUUGAUGCUGAAAGUCUCCCUCAUGCAUCUGUCCAGCCGGUGGUACAGAGAGAGGAAAAAGUAAGCACCUCAACAGCUGAAACAACUGUACAUGAAAAUCCAGAAGUGGACAAAGGAAUUAGUGAUGGAAGCACUGAAGCUGCCAUGACUUUACUUGCAAUGGGUGAUCCAAUGUUCCAGUUAAAAACAAGCACUGAAGAAUGGACACACAUGUUACCUGCUCAAGAUGAGUUGGACAUUAGCCACACCUACUCCAAACAAAAUAGAACUUCUAAUCAGCAUUUACUUUCUUCAGACACUUCUACCAAUGAAUUGAUUCCUUCAAAGGAUGGAAGCAACUUUAAUGGAGAAGAUCAAAUCAUUGGCGCAUGCAUAGGUGGUGAAGAAUAUUUUGAGGAAAAUGCUACAGAUACCAGUGAUAGCUCUUUGCCUAUGGUGAAUAGUAUGAGACUGACAAGAGGCAGGCUCCUGAAGCCUGAGCCAGACUUUGGAGUAUUGAGGUCCAAUGAAAACAUAAUUCAGAAGUCACUUAAUACAAAUGUACUUGUGGAACAGCUAGAGCAAGUUCCAAGUGAAUCUACAGCCCUGAGAGGUACUGCAGAAGUGCAGAAGGUGGAACUAGAACAGGUCAGACCAGCUGCAAGUGAUUCUUCAGUUCUUCAUCAUUUCGCAACUGGAAGUAUGGAACUUACCAAGCAAUUAACUGGAUACAUGCCUUACAGAACAGAAAAAGAGAUGAAAGAUGCUUAUAGAAAUUCAGAAGACUUAAGACCUCCAACUGAAUCAUCAAAACCUGAAAAAUCUCACCUUCAGCUAGAGGAUUGUCCAAAUCAAAGUUCUGUGGAUGGACAUUCUAAGCAAAAUCCCUGUUCUCCUGAGUACAAUAUAUGCACAGUCAACUUUACACAGAACGAAGCUUGUGCUCAGGAUGCUCAACAGCAAUGCGUAAGCAGCACAGAAGAGGCUUCAGUGAACAAUGAUCAUACAUGUCCAGAGGAGGAACAGACAUUCAUUUUAACAUUGGUGGAAAUCCCAGCUGACUCAAAAGAGUUUGAUGCAUCUGCUUUGCUGGAACAAACUUCAGAACCAUUACUACCAGCACCAAUAUUUAUCAGCCCAAUAAAUGCAGGUGAAACAAGCAUGACUGAAGCAGAGAGCACUGGAUCCUUGACAGCUUCAGCUGAUGAAUUUGCUGCACCGUUACACAGCAGUAUGGAAGCCAAACGAUUAAAGAGUACAUCAGUAGAGCCCAUUCCAAAUUUGCAGACAACUCAGAAAAGGUCAGCUGCUGAGCUUGAAGAGAAUGAUUUUCCUCCUGCCAAGAAAACUCUGUCUUCUGUUGUAGUGGAAGGUAACUUGGAAACCACUUACAAGGGUUAUUCAGUUACAUCCACAAAUGCUGCAAAGAUAGCUUCUGGGAAACCUUUUCAAAAAACAGAAGUUUCAGCAAAGGAAGAAGUACUUACCUCUGUGAUGGUGUCUGAGUCUAUGUCACCCCUGGCUGAGAGAAGCCAGGUUGAGACUUUGGAGAACUCGGGGAAAGCACCACUUGAGAAUUCAGCAUCCAAACAAGAAGAGGAGGUGAUGUCUAGAUUAACCUCUAGCAGAAAAGCAGAAAUAAUUGCACAAGGAAAGCAGGGGGUUGUGCAUCAAUCUGGACAGGUGGAACAUACUAGAAGCCUAGCAUCGUCUUCCAAAACUUCAUUACUCAGCAAAAAAAGUAGUUCUGAAGCUGCAGAAGAUACCAAAGGGAAUAGAGGGAAGAUCCAAAAACCUCGGAUUGUGACUCCAAAGCGAAGUCUAAAAAAGCUCUCUCCAUCCCCUAAGGAUGAUAGGGAUUCUUGUUCCCUUCCCUCUACAAGCACAUCAUCAUCUGUGGAAUAUGGGAGUGUAGCUGCUGAUGCUGCAGUUACGGUUCCAAGUAACAAGCCAUCUGAGAAGCCACCCCUUUGUGCUAAAGAUCAAGAGAAGGAUGAAGAGCCAACCAGAAUCUCUGAGUAUUUUUUCAGUGACAUCUUUAUGGAAGUGGAUGAUUCAGAAUAG